AUGAACCUCCACACAACAUCCAGCCAGACAGCAACCGCCACCAGUGGUCCCAAACCAUUCGAAUGUGCUCGUUGCUGCAAGCGCUUCAAGCGGUCGUCCACAUUAACGACCCACAUGCUCAUCCACAGUGACAUCAGGCCGUUCGUUUGUUGCUUCUGCAGGAAGAGAUUCCAUCAAAAGUCAGACAUGAAGAAGCACGUGUAUGUACAUACCGGAGAAAAGCCAUUCAAAUGUUACGAGUGUGGCAGAAGUUUCAGUCAGUCGUCCAACCUGCUCACUCACAACAGGAAACACUCCGGAUGCCUGCCUUACAGGUGUGACUUGUGUCUUACAUCGUUCAUGAGGAAGAAUGAUCUGAAGAACCAUCGAGAUGUCUGUCACAUCAACAACCACAACAACAUCACCACAUCAACAUUAACACAAAAGACAACAUCAACAACAACAACUUCAUAA